AUGAGAAACAAACCUAAAGUUAAAAGUGCUAAGUUGGGCUUUAAAAUCAUUUGCCAUUCCAUUAAAAAAUAGUACUCAUCAAUUAAAAAAACUAAACAAAAAAAAAUAGAUAAAGGAUAAUCAAAAAAAAGAUUGACAGCUAUUAAAUAAAAGCAAGGUUAUGAUAUAAAAAUGGACAUGCAACUAAGUUAAAUACCAGAAGCAGAGAAUUUAGCUUUUCAGUUUGAUGCUAAGAAUUAAUGUCAAAAAACAGUAGAUUACUUGUUGAGUUAAAAUCUAGAAUAAAUAUCCUAGUGCACUUAUAUCUAGCAACCAUUUAGAGAAAUUAAAUAAAAGAAAGAUACACACAAUGAAAGUGAUGAAGAAAGCAAAAUUUAUGAGGUCUAUUUACAUUAAGUGUAUAAUACUGAAAACCCUGCUUACGUUUUUGGAUUCAUUUCAAGUGUAAAAUUACCAGAGUUAAGAGAAUUAGAACUAUUUUUAAGAAAAGAUCUUGAAGAUUAUAAAUCUGAAGUUAAUCCUUGCAUUUAUUAGCUGAAGUUUAUUUCUACUAUAAGCCUAUCAUCCUCAGAGCUUUUGUCAAUUUAUAACUUCAAUACUGGAUUUUUUAAGGAUUUUUAGUAGGAAGGAAACUAAAUUUCAAGCUACAUCUUUGAGUAUUUCAUGUAGUCUACAAUUUCUGUGAAAUUUCUUUAAGUUCUACUAACUCAAAAAUACAUAGAAGUAGAAUUAAAUAAUUUCAAUAAUAAUCAUGUCUUAACAAAUUUUGAUAGUAAAAAAUGUGAUAUGGAAAAAGAGAUAAAUGAGAACCCAUAUUAAUUCAUAGAUUUUGACUUAAUACAUAACUUUAAUCUUUAGAAAAAACAGAAAAGUAUUCUAGAUAAUAAAUUAAAUUUAGCAACAACAUUUAUAAAUUUUAGUUAAGAUUUGCAAAUGAUUGAUGAAACAUCAAAAUCAGAUAAUUUGGACAAAUAAAAUGUAACAAUAAUUGAAUUAAUUAAUGAAAAUACUUUAACGAUGAAUCAAAAAGAUUAAUUAAUUGAAAAUGAAAAUAAAUUAUAAGAUGAAGUAAUAAUUUUACCAACCAAAUAAAUUGAAGAAUUUAAUUUGACUUUUUAAAAGGAAAAAAAUAAAAUAAAUGAUAUUUCUGAUCAAGAAAUCACUUAAAAUCUUCAUGAUCUAAAAAAAAUUGAUGUUGAUUCAAAUAAUUAACAAGAAAAUACUUGUAGUUCAGUAGUAGUAACUGAAUAAAAUGGGCAAAAGCAAGAAUUGGUAAAUGAUUAAAAUAAACAACUUUAAGAAAUCUAACAAAGUGAAUAAGAUUAAAUUCCUGAAAAUUAAAUGAAAAUGUAAGAUCCCACCAAUUAAGAUUAAUAAUAAAAACCAAGAGUUAAAUUAGAUGGAGAUUUAUUUUAAGAAAGUGAAAAACUUAAUAAUAUUUCACUUACUUUGAAAAAUGAAAAAUUUAGAUUGGCUUACUAAUCUAAUAUUUAUCGCCAUUUGUUCUUAAAUUAAGAUCUUUAUCAAAUAGUUGAGAUUUUUGAUCCAUCAAAUACUACUAUUGAUCAGUUUAUAUAGUCAUUAUCGUAACAUACAGGUAUGAGCUAUGACAGUAUCAAAUAGAAACUCUUUCUAAAGUAAGACGCUACAUAAAAAGACUUGCAAAGUGAUACUCUUUAUGACUGUAUAUAUAGCUAACCAGAUAAAUACCUUACUGACAAAGCAUAAAUGUUUUUUGCAAUUAGAAAAUAAUUUGUAAAUUUUUAAAAAAAAGAAAUUUAAUAAUACAUAUAAGAUUAUUAGCAACAAUUGAUAGCAAAUAAUAAUAUUUAAACUAAUCAAUAAACUUAGAAUAAAUAUAAUUAGAAUACAAAUUAAAUUUCCCAAUACCAUCAAUUUAAUCGCCGUAAUCCAUUAGUACUUUGUAGAAAGAUUAAUCAUUUGAAAAAUUUCGAUUUCCUUAGUGAUGCUCAUAUUAAAAAUAACAAGGGAGUUUUCCAGUCUUGCUUACAAAAAGACUUUUCUGAUAACAAGAUUAACAUGUCGCUUUUACCUUUAGAGCAUUUUGAAUAACAUGUUUUAAAUACUUAGUUGAUUAACUCUCACUUAUAAGCUCCUUCUAUCUUUGCCUUAAUUAAAGAUGUCAUGAUUGUUAGAGAUUUUGCUUGUAACUACUUUUUAGAAAAUAAUGUAGAUUUAGAAUUACUUAUUGAGUCAUUUUCGUAGAUCUCUUACAGUAAAACUAAAAACCUAGAAUUGCUUGAGGUAAUAGGUGAUGUUGUAAUCAAAUACAUCUCUUCUCUUUAUCUUUAUUUGCAUCUUCCAAAUUAAAGCGAAAAUGCCCUUACAAUGAUACGCACUAUUUUUAUUAACAACAAAUAUUUAGGAAUUUCAGCGUUUAGAAACGGUCUCUAAUUUUAUGUUCAGACUAAAAGACCAAGUUCUUAUGACUGGAGAUUUAAUUUAUUCAAUUUGAAUUCUUUCACUGAAGCACCGCAAGAUUAAAAAUAAUCUUUUUAGCUAUCUUACUCAAAUUUAUCUGAUACCCUUGAAUCAGUUGUUGGGUGCUUUUAUGCCAGCAAUUAAUUUACUUUGAAUACAUGUAUUUAGCUAAUCAAAGAUUUAGGACUCUAGAUAGAUUAAUAUCUCCUAAAUAAGUUUUAGAAUUAGGUCAAUGGGAGCUUCGUUUUGAGUGAUGAUAUUAUCGAUUUGAUGGAGAUAGAUGAGGAAAUGACUUACUAUGAACUUUAAUUAUAAGGAAAGAAAUUUUUAUAAAAAGAAUUUGAAAUUUAGGCAAAUAAAAAAAUGGAAUAGUGCUUUGAAGAAAAGAUUUAGAAUGAAAUAAUUCAAAAUGAAGAAAAUACACAAUUUAUAUGGAAUCUUAUUAAGUUUUAUAUUAAAGAUGAAUUAUUUUAUAAAAAUAAGUAUGAAGUAGAAUUUUAAAAUAAUACUUGUCCUAAUCAGAGAAGGAAGGACAGGUCUGAAUAUAGAAAAUUUAAAUAGCUUCAUGAGUAAACACUGGACAUAGCCAUAAGUGGCUUUGAAAAAAUACUGAACUACACUUUUAAAGACAAAUCUUUAUUAAUAAAAGCAUUAAAUUGUCAUUCAAACAGCAACUUUGAGCAUUACUUUUAAGAUUAUUAGAUAUUGGAAUUUUUGGGAGAUGCCUUAAUAGAGAUUUUAGUUGUUUCUCAUGGUUAUCAUAUUUCAAGAAAUAGGCAAAAAAAAAUAAAUUCUCCUUACUUCUUUUGCGAAAUGAAGUCUCUUUUGCUCAGCAAUGACUUUAUGUCUAGAAUGGCUAUCCUUAAUAAAUUUCAUUAUUAUGCUUUGAAUAUAAGUAAAUAUUAGUAAGAUGAAAUUAUCUAAUUUAUAGAGGAUUGCAACCUAAAUACUAAGUUUAAAGAGUCAGUGUCGCAUCAAGCUAAUUCUCCCAAAGUUCUAGGUGAUUUAUGGGAGUCAGUUGCUGGAGCAAUCAUAAUGGAUUCUGAUAUUUCAACUUUUGUUUCAAUUUAUGGAAAACUAUAUGCUCCAUACAUUAUUCAUUUCGUUACAUUUUACUAAAAAAUUAUUUUUAAUGUGAAAGAGAAAGUUUAAUUAGUUGCCUAGUAAACUUAUGAAUAAUUAGGAAAAAUUACAGAGGUAGUCAAAGACACUGAUGGAUAAUAUAAAGUCAAAGUUACGAUUCUAAUUAAAUAAAUCAAAGUAGGAACAGGAAUAGAUUAUUCUGAAACUUUAGCUGAAAAAAAAGCCUUCUAAGAUGCUUAUGAUCACAUUUUCAUCAAACAAUAAUCAAAUCUAGGAUUAAUAUUCUAAGGAAAGUAAGUAUGA